UGUUUGAGGGGCACACUAACAAGCCCAUAACAUUGAAUUGGCAGAAAGCAAGACAAAAUUAUGUCGAAGAAGAAAAGUUUUCGAAAUUUUUGCAAUUUGCAAAAUCUCUUGUUAAUUUCAUUUUGUGCCAGUAUUCGUUGUGUUUUGUGUGUUGGCUGUUUGGCUACCGUAGUGAUAUAAAAUAAAAUUAAAAUUUGUUAAGUGAACACAAAGCAAAUAUAAAACACAAAAAUCUUAUGCAAAUUUUGAUAUUGGGCAUAAAUGCUAUGCAACAAGAACAAGAACUCAAGUAAACCAAUAAUAAAAAAAGAGAAGAGGAAAAAACUCAAGAACAUAACAACAACAGCAAAACAGAAAACAACAAACAACUUCUUAAACUAAAAGAAAAACUAGAUCAAAAGGAAAUUUGCAGAAUAGUAAGCAUCAUUAAUAGUUUAUAGUCAACAUCAUCAUCAUCAUCAUUGCCAUCAAGCAGAGAGGUAGCAGCGAAGUCUUGGCUCUUUAUUAUUACAAUAAAUGUCAAUUGCAUAGCUAACAGUUGUUGUUGGUUUUUAACAUUUUCAACUGUUCUCAACUACACUACUGUGGGGCGGCUGUGUGUGAUUUUCAUUUUGUUUCAUUAUUAUUUCCCCCCACCACCGCUUGGCUCAACUACUAUUCUUUCAACUGGUGAUGUUUUUAUAUUGAGCACCUCCCACUACUCCUCCUGCUAUCAUCAUACUGUAUGGCUGCUGUUUUUAAGUGGGGAAAUUCAUUAUUAUUGUCAUUUAGCAGCAACAACAGCCGUAACCCUUGGGGGCACAACUGAAGCAGCGACAGCAGAGACCCCAAAGAACUCGGGCUUAAAAACGUAAUUAAGGAUAGCAAUUGUUUUCAUUAUUUACCAACAACAACAACUGCGGCGAUAUUGGUGGAAAUUUGUUGAUAUUCAUGGGAAAUUGAUAACGUGAUGGAAAAUCAGCGGGACCAAACACCCUUAUUUUGUUGAUCCGAUUUUUAUUUCGGAAAUCUUUGAGAACAACAAAACAGUAGAAUCUAAUUUACCAUGUCCACACGUAAGGCAGCAUCGACAUCAUCGACAGCUCAAGGGACGAAGGCAGACAAUGCUCCAACAGCAUUGGCAGCAACGGGGACAGGAACGACGACAGCAUCAGCAACAGGAACGGUAAAGUCAUUGGACACCAAAAGCAACUCAACAAACAGUGCAUCAAAUUCAAAUAGCUCGGGAACAAACAAAUCAACAGAGUCAGCAUCAUCCACUGCCACUGCAUCUGGAGGGGAGAAAGGUGGAGAUACUUCCAUUGAAACAAAAACAUUUCAGCAACGUGUUACCAGAAAUUCCCCUUUACUAUUACCUUCUCCCGGCUCCUCGUCGUCGGGGGUGGUAAUAAAAAAAGAACCUCUGGAUAACACAGAGUCCAAUCAUAGUGAAGGUGAAGAAAGCAGCACCUCGUCAACAGGCAAGAAACCGGCAGGAAUCAGAGGUCGGAAAUCCAUUAAAGAUCAUAAAGAAGCAAAAGAACAGCAAGAAGUAGAAAAGGAAAAAGAGAAAGAAAAGGAAAAAGAGAAAGAAAAGGAGAAGGAAAAAGAAAAAGAAAAGGAAAAAGAUAAAGAUAAAGAAAAAGAGAAGGAAAAAGAAAAAGAAAAGGAAAAAGAAAAAGAGAAGGAAAAAGAAAAAGAAAAGGAGAAGGAAAAAGAUAUUAAAAAAGAAGUCUUUGACACAAAAGAAGAUAAACCAAAGGAAGAGAAAAAGGACAGUAGCACCACCAAAGAGUCGUCUAAAGACUCUAAGGAGCCAACAAAAGAUACUAAAGAAACAAAAGAUUCCAAGGAAACGAAAGAUUCCGGCAAAGCCACCACCUCCUCCCCACCCUCUUCAUCAAACAAUUCGACAACAACUAAUCGUUUGACUCGCAAAUCCACUGCCAGUCAGGAAAAUUUGUCCUCAACUACCAGAAUAACAAGACAACGUCAAACAACAGGUGGCAGUGGUGUCACCACACGCUCUGAGACACCUCCGGCUAUUGGUAGGAAUAGAAACCGUGGCAAUAAUCGUGUGAAAAUGCCAAUGCCCAUUAUUGAGCCGGUUGCCAAGCGUAAACGUUCAGAAACUGAAACCGACAUGACCGCCACAAAUAACAGAGCUUCAUGUGAUGAACCUGGACCAAAAUAUAUUAAAAUUGAGGUACGCGAUCCAGAAAUUGAUGGUGAUGAACCCAUGCAGGGGUCGCAAACAACCACAGCUACCAUAGAUAGUUCUGUCAAUGAGGAGGCGACUAGCAAUAUAUUGGCAAAUAUUAAAAUCAAGCAGGAGAUUUUGGAUGAUCAUGAAAUGGAAGUUAGCAAUAAUACUACAACAUCAGAAGAAACCACAGCAGCAACACCAUCAGUAACAACUUCUUUAUCAUCAAUACCAACAGUCACAGCAACAACAACAGCAGCAACCACUGCAGCAAUCGAUACAGAGACAACAAACACCACUGUAACAACAACAACAUCAGCUGCUGCUGCUACCAACACUACUGCAGUACGUGCUAAAGGACGUUGGGGUACUCGCAAAUCAAAUUCAGCUACAACCUUAACCACAGUCACAUCCACCUCCAACGCAUCACCCUCCACAAGAGCCACCCGACAAACCAAACAAAACUCACCAGUGCGAACAUCAUCGGCCGCCGCUACUUCAUCCACAGAACCAAAGCGACGACGUGUAGCUUCUCAAACCAGAAGUCUGCUGAAAACAAAUCAAGCCAGUAGUUCCAAAACAACUGUACCAAGUCCCGAGGACGAAGAAGACUCCAAGGACAGCACUUCUUCUAGCAGUACCGAUGAUAUAGCAUUGGCUCAUAUUAAAAUUGAGAAAACCAAUAUGGAGAUAGAUGAAUUUGUAGCCGAAAAAGAUCAAAAAGAAAAUUCCAAGCCGUCAAUUUUGGCUGCAACAGUAAAAACAGCUAAUUCUGCGGAAGCUAAGAAAUCCGGUGAGGCAACAGAAAACACUAAACCUAAAGAUGAGGAAAUGGAAAAGGAGCUGCCCAAGCCCUUAACAGUGGACACUGGUUCAAUGAUUACUGAGAAUGAUGCAGAAAUUGCAGAGACGGCAAAGCGGACGCCAUUGACCCCUGCAGCUGCAAAUUCACCACCGUCUGUGGCCUCGGGUUCAGAAAAAGCCGCCUCCUUAAGUCCCUCAGAGUUGGUUAGUGAAGGUGUUUCCGAAAUUAGUGUUAAACAGUUCUAUAAAAAGCCAAAAUUUCUGGAAAAUAAUCUUGGCAUUGAAGAAGAUCCCAAACUGGGCAACAUUGUUCAGAAGGUGGUGGGCCGUGACACUGCCAAUGCCACUACCUCCUCAGCAGCAACCUCGUCAGAGGAAACCAAGGAAAACGAUGAUCGCUUAUUGGACGAUACCUAUUCAAAUGAAUCCUUGAAAGAAGGUACAUUGAGAUUUGACGAAAGUGUUGAUGAAAGAAAAUCAAUCAGUCAGGAUGAUGGUAAUAGCUUAAGCUCGGAUGAUAAAUUAACACCCCUGGUGGUUGAGGAAGAGGAGGAAGAGGAAGAAGGGAUCCAGGACCAGAAGGAAGAUAAAGAAGAAUCUUUGAAAUUAAUUGAGACAAUUGAGAAUCAAGAGGAAGAGUUAUCUGCACAAUCUGAUGAUCUGGCCAAACAAGUGCUUAAAGUGUCCGAAUCAGAAAGUCUAGAGAAUGAUGACAAUGUUUUGGCAGUUGCCAAAGAUAAGAAAGUAGCUGAUGAAGGAAGAAAAACAAAUGCCAGCCAAGUUGCUGCAUUGGAAGAUGAUCAGGAAGAAGAUGAGCUGGCCAUGGAGGAAAGUGAAACCAUUUCAAUGGAUAAUAACGCUUCUGUUAACGAUGAUGCUACCAAUGAGAUUGAAGAAGAUCCUGAACAUGAUGAGGAACUUGUCCCAGAAAUCGAGGAUAUAGUUCCCAUAACAACAGAGCCUGAAUCUUUGGAUAACAAAGCCGAUUGUGAACUAAGUGCUCCUCUGCAAUUCACCGAAGAAUCGCAAUCUUCAAAUGACCAAUUAGUUAUCGAUGAUAAGGAAAAUUUGGAAGUUAUUACAACCGAUAAUGAUGAAGGGGCUAAUGAUGGCAAGGAUUUGGUGUUGGCUAAAAUCGAUGCCGAGUUAAAGAAAAUCGAUGAACGUCACAAAGAAAAACUAAGUUCUAAAGCAGAAACUUUGGCGAAAGAAGAAAAAACAGUGGCUAUUCUUGCUGAUGUUGUUAUUUCCCCACAUGAGGAAGAAAAUACUGAAGAACUAUUGGCUGAAUCAUUAGCAACUCCUCCAGUUGCAACAGUUUCCAUGGAUAUUGAUGAAGUCAUUGAUGAUAUUAAUACUACCGUAGAAGAUGCCAAAAAGGCUGGGGAUAAAGAUGAAGUCAGCCUUACGGAUUUGGAGUUGAAACUUGAUGAUGAGCAGGCAACAUCGUUGCUGCUAAAAGAUAUUAGAAUAUCUGAAACAAAGGAAAAAAUUGAAACUGCCAUCAUUGGUAAUAUUGUUGUGGCUGAAGAAAUUCCGAAGAUUGAAGAAAAGUCCUUGGAGACAAAAGAAAAAGUUGAAAUGGCUGUGGAGAAGAACUUAGAUGAGUUGAAGCAAGAACAUAAACCUAAAACAGAAUCAGAGGCUUCUGAGGAGACAAUUUUACCAGAUGAUGGACCUUGCGAUAGCAAAGAAAACUCAACCUUACAUGUAAGCUCAAUUAUUAAAGCAAGUGUUGGCUUAAAAGAUGACGAUGCCACAUCGAUGAAAUCGGGCCAAUCAACUAACUCAUGGAUAACCAUGGAUUUGGAACACGAUGACGAAGAGUCGUUGAGAAAAAAAGAAUUACAUUUACAAAAUCUAGGUCUGAUGACGCAUAAAGCAGCUGAAAAGCGACGCCUUGAGGUUAUACAAAAUUCAGCGGCCGCCGUUGAAGCCAAUAAGGUGGCUGCCACACAACAACAACAGCAACAACAGAAUAGUAGCAAAAGAAAUGGUAAAAAUUCAUCUCAUGCUGCAUCUACCCAUCACGAGUAUACUGGUACAUUGAAAACAAUCAUCAAACUCAAUCGUAAUUCAACAGGUGGUGGUUCUACUAGUGGCAACAGUGGUCGAAAGUCCAAUGCCGCCGGUACAUCAUCUGCGUCAGCAACUGCCAGCAAAGAACAACAGCAACAACAACAACAACAACAACAGAGGCGCCAAUCACUAAAAAUGACAUUCCAAAAGAGCCGAGGACGUGCGCAUGGCUCUGGCUAUAGUGAUCGUUUACAACAUGAUCGCGAAGGUCAUGGCGAGGAUAACUAUUAUACCAUACAAAAUGAGACUGAAGGUGCGCUUCACAAAUUACAUACAAAAUCCACAACCUGUACUACCUCUAAUACUAGAUUAGCUUUAAAUCAUUUUAACAAUAAUAACAGUAAUACUACUACUAACAAUACUAGUUGCAAGUCCUUCUCCUACAACAACAGCAACAACAACUCUACGUAUGCUAGAAAAUCAUACAAUUAUCGUCACUGCUAUCACUCCAAUCAGCAUAACAAUUGUAGUGUAAAUGCUAGUGCCCAUUCGCAUAAAAUGGAAUCGCACGAACACCAGACGGUCUCUACCAAGAAAGAUGAGAAAAUACUUAUACCGGAGAAGGCGUCGUCCUUUAAGUUUCAUCCUGGGCGUUUGUGUGAAGAUCAAUGCUUUUAUUGCAGCGGUAAAUUUGGCCUCUAUGAUACACCAUGCCAUGUGGGCCAAAUCAAAUCUAUGGAAAGGCAGCAGAAAAUAUUAGCCAAUGAAGAAAAAUUGACUGUGGAUAAUUGCCUUUGCGAUGCCUGUUUCCGCCAUGUAGAUCGGCGUGCCAAUGUGCCUUCCUAUAAGAAAAGGCUUUCUGCCCCUGGUGGCCUGGAGAGCGGCGCAAAUGGUGUCAAAUCCUCAGACAAUGCCAAUGAAUAUGAGAAUGCCGAAGGCGAGGCUGGUGGAGAACAUUAUGCCUCAGCUGCAUCUCAUAGCUGUUUGGUUACCGGCUGUUCCAAUCCUGCUGCCCAUUCACUGCGUCGUAAGUGUAUACGCAAGAGCGUUAAGAAAUUCCUUUUGAAGUUUGAUGUGCCCACAAACACCGCCUCCAUAUGGUUGUGCCAAUCGCAUUACGACACAGUAAUACAAUGCUCAGGCUGUGUUUUGUGCAAAAGGCGUUUGGGUAAAAAUCACAUGUAUCACAUAACAUCGGACACUGAUCGCCUGGAAAAGGCUUUGUCUGAAAUGGGCAUACCGGUGCAAUUGGGCAUUGGCACUGCUGUCUGCAAACUGUGCCGCUAUUUUGCCAAUUUGCUCAUGAAGCCUCCAGACACCACAAAAUCCCAAAAGGCAGAUUUCGUUAAAAACUAUAGAAAGCGACUUUUGCAAUUCCAUAACAUUCACGAUGGCAGCAACGAUGCCUCUGAAGUUGAUGAAGAAGACAGCAAUGGCCCAACAUCCAACAGCGGCGACAAUAGCGAAUUACAGAAGCAACAAGAAAAGACCCCCGAAAAAUCUCCCCUACAUGAAGAUGAUUCAUCUUCUCAUCCAAAAGAUCCCUUAUCCCCACCAACUUCUGUACAUUCCGCAGAGAAUGAAACUUCUAAGGGCAACGCCAGUCUUCGAGAGAACAGCAGCGAUGCCAUGGAUCGUGAAUUUGAAAAUGUUCUAACGGACUCCUCGAAUUCAUCCGCUUCCAAUGCAGCCGCUAACAACUCACCAAGUGAAAUGUCCAAAUUGAAAGCUAUUCUACAGAGCAACAAUUCAUCUACGGAUAAAACUACUGCCAGUGCUGGUGGUAACAACAGCAGUACUUCGGAUAUUUCCAAUGUUUUACGGGCUAAUCCCAAUAUAUCAAUGCGUGAAUUAUUCCCCGGCGAAGAAGAUUUGGGAUUGAACUUCAAAGUACCCUUUGGCAGCAGCAGCAGCCAAAGAACACCGGAAGGCUGGACCAGAGUACAAACUUUCUUGCAAUAUGAUGAGCCUACGCGCAGACUUUGGGAAGAGUUGCAAAAGCCCUAUGGCAAUCAAAGUUCUUUCCUAAGACAUUUGAUUUUGUUGGAAAAGUACUUUAGAAAUGGUGAUAUAAUUCUCUCGGCCAGUGCUUCGAGUAAUGCAAGUGUUUACACACAAACGGUGCGGCAACGUUUGACCUCUUAUGACAAGGGACAUUGUGGUGGGCUGCAGAGUCCUGCCACAAAUCCCAAAGAGACAACAGCCAAAGCCAAAGAGCCUGAGCAGCAGAUACCCACAUUUGAAAUUAAUGAGGACGACGAUGAUGAUGAUGAUGUCGAAAUUACCGCGGUGUCGAAACUGCCCAAAACAUCGUCAUCGCUACAGGCCAGCGGUAACAACAGCCCCGACAAACAAGGUCUACGCUGCCGAAGUCUAUCUGUGGACAAACUUACCAAACAACUACGUAGCAAUGCUGUUACCAUAACAGCACGUCCCAAGGAUGUGUCGUCAAGCAAUAAACGAACACCCACACCCUCACCACAGAAAUCUUUGCUGAAAGACACCUUGGCUGGCAACAUAAGCAGUAGUAGCAGCAGCAGCAGCAGCAAUAGCAGUUCUGCAACAUCAAAUGCCAAUCUAGCAGCCGCCAAUGCAGCUGCAGCUGUUGUUUUGGCUGCCUCCACAGCCACAACCAGCAAUGUGGCGGGAGGGGCCGGCAAUAGUCGCAGUAUAUUGAAAUGCAAUCUGUUGGGCAAGUCCGUGGAAAUUGUACCCAUAAGUAAUUCUUCAUCAUCCUCCUCUUCCUCCUCGUCAUCAUCUUCAACAUCGUUGGCAACUGCAACCAAUGCUCUUACUCAACAACAACAACAACAGCUACCCCCACCACUGCCUAUCAUGGAAACGAAGCAGCAGAAAAUUCUCGAUGUGGCCAACAAGUUAUUGGGCAAUCAAAUUGAUGCCACUGCGGCCAACAAAAAUACCGUCUCAUUGCUUAGUUCACCUCCGGAAUUGGUGAGUCUUCAAAGGCGUUCUGCAGGUGCCAUGCCACCUGUGGCUGCACCUUCCGCCCCCACCGCGCCCAGCACCAGCAUGGCCGCUUCAAAUAGCAAUAACAAUAACAAGCGGCUGCUGCCGACCAAACCCGGCAAUGCUCGGCCACCGCCAAAUGUAGUCAUACUGCCAGAAACAUUAACGCCUCAAGAGCGUUUGCAAAGCAAGACUUGGCGUCCAACUCUGAUGGCCGUAGAGGAAAACAUGAAUAUGGUUAAAAAUGGACCGCUCUAUCAAACAGCCGAUGGCAGAAGACUGCCGGCUUUGGUGCAGGUGCAAUCUGGUGGAAAGCCUUUCCUGAUUUCCAUAUUUGACUACAAUCGUAUGUGUAUUUUAAGGCGAGAGAAAUUGUUGCGUGAUCAAAUGCUCAAGGCCACCAAGAAGAGGCAGGAAGCUAAACAACAACAGCAGCAGCAACAACAACAGCAGCAGCAACAACAACAGCAGCAACAGCAACAUCACAACCAACAGCAACAACAGAUGCAGCAGCAGCAACACCACCAGCAACAGCAGCAUCAACAACAACAACAGCAGCAGCAGCAACAACAGCAGCAGCAGCAGCAUCACCAACAACAACAACGUCAGCAGCAGCUGCAACAGCAACACCUGCAAAACAAAAACAUGCAAAAUAUGAAUAAAAAUUUCAAUAAUCCUUCAGUUAUGAAUCAACAACAGCAGCAACAACAAAGACAGCAGCAGCAGCAGCAACAACAACAACAUCAAGCUACUCAACAACAAAUAAUGCAACUUCAAUUAUUGCAGCGUUUCUCCAAUACAAAUACGCAAACCGCACCACGCCUCCCAACUAUGGCACAAAAAGCAUCCGCCACCAACACCAACAACAUCUCCAAUAUUCCACCUCUGCAAUCAUCCCUAACAAACAAUGCCAAUUUCUCUGCCCCAAUGAUGCCAUUAUUGGCCAAUGCCAUUACAAAUGCGGCCAAUACUGCCAAUGUUGUAAAUCCCGCCCAAAAUACCAUAAACAAUGCGUCCUGGCUAUGGAGCAAUUUCCCAGAUACCAAUCAAUUACUACUCAAUGGAGCUGGAGGUGCCAACAGCAAUACUGGUGGUGGUGGUGGUCCUUCCAACAUGAUGCCCAAACUUCCCCAGCUAUUAGCCAAGCCAAAUCAUCCCAGUAAUCCCGCCUCUUUAGUUACAACAAAUCACAUAAUGAAACAACACCAACAACAGCAACAACAACAUCAACAACAGCAACAACAACAUCAACAACAGCAACAACAACAACAAUUCUUGUUGUCAAUUCCAAAAUCAUUAACGGUCAUACCCCAACACAAACUUAUGAAUGCCGCUGCUGCUGCAGCAAAUGCCAACAUGGGUGGCAAUGCAUUAAAGGAGUGAUGAUUAUUGAACUGUUUCUGGACUGUGAAACGCCACAAACGGCUUAACAACAGCAAAAAAUAUAUCUACAAAUAUCAGCGUAAUGGAAGGACUUGUAAAACGCGUUGUCGUAAAACGAA